AUGGCUACCGCACCAAUGUCGGCAGAUACUUCCAGACUCUCCUUUGCAAAGGUAGCUGCAUCUGCAGGAAAAGAUAGUGUAUCCUUUAGUUCGUUUACCAAUACUUCGAAAUCUGGGCCUGCGCGAGCUUCGGCGCAAGAGAAUGCUUUGUCACAAGACCAACUAGAGAAGCGGUCGAUGGAAGGCUCUAAUGAGCAUACUCCGCUGUCAGACACCACGAAUUCUGCUUCAGGAGAUACAUCUACGCCGGGAGAGGAUAGUUCGACAAGGGGAACAUCUUCACCAGCCGUGGAGACCAAUCUUGUCGAAGCUGUCAAAGCGCUGAGCGUCAAUUCUCCAAUGCCUAGUCUUGUUGUAAACGGGUCACGAGGCGCGGUUCCCAGGAAAAGUGAUGGAGUUGAUGGGUUUUCCGACGACCCAUUUCAACGCACAGAUUCUGGAUCUGAACUCGGGACGAAGCCACCCAGUCUAGACGGGAAGAGCAUCACAUCGGGGACAACCUUUGCUUUAGACGAAAAAGAAUCUUUACGGCCUGAUGAUAGUGCCAGUGUAAAGGCUUCUGAAGAUGAUGAUACCUUUUCGGGGCGAGGAUCUAUUGUUGCGGGAUCAAGGAUCGGAUCUGAAGCAGCGGCCAGGGCCUAUCGUGCAGAGUUCUAUGAAGCUCCCGUCCGUCGUAGCAUGCAGCCAAUGCCGGAGCGACCGAAUCAAGGAAUGAUUACUCCUCAAAGCGGUUCCUCUGGGCAGGAGACCACAGACGAUGGAAAGCCUAAGCCUCUGAUGGGUCUCUCUGGGCCCUCUGAUGCUUCUGAUGCCUUCAGUAGGUUCUACCGCCAGACGCCCGAUGAAAAAUUGUUGGAGGCCCUGGAAUCCCCUAAAGAUCGCAUUUUCCUCCUUCGGCUUGAGAAAGAUGUCAUAGAGUUUGUAAAAGACUCCAAAGACCCUUUCAUCGAUCUACCACCGUGUAACUCAUUUUGCCGAAUGUUAACCCAUAAACUCGCGGAUUACUAUCACAUGACCCAUCAGGUUGACGCUGUCGCUGGCGCUGUUCGCAUAUUUCGAACACCUUUUUGCCGAUUACCUCCCUCGUUGACUAGUAUAUCAAAUCCUCCAACUUCGGGGAAUACCCCGCCGCCCACGAUGCCAGCUAUGAAGAUUAUGCGAAGGGGUGGCGAUGGUGAUGCUGGCCAAAGCCCGUCCAAGGCGACUUCGGAAACAGGCAGUGACGGUAAAGAAAAGGCGCUUUCAGCCAAGGAAAAGCUGUCCAGAGAAGAGCGAGAGGCUGCCUAUAAUAGGGCUAGAGAGCGUAUAUUUGGCAAGGAUGACAAAGGAGAUGCUACACCUGAUACAGAAGAUGCCAAUGACAUGUCUCGUUCGAGUUCUGUAUCGACCAAAGAUAGAAGCCAAAGCAAAAAGCCGAAGCCUUUAAAACAACGGAGAGAUGACUCUGAGAGUUUCGACGUUCGAUCUCAGUACACACCGUUCUUUCCUCAACCUCAAAUGCCAACAUGGACCCCAACACCGCAGUACUCGCCGGUUGGCCCUCAAUCAUUCAAUGGUUCGGUUCAGGGUAGUUAUCAACAGUCGAUGCCUCCCCAAUUUGGGCCGCCAACCCCGCAAUUUAACCCAGGGCAGAUGAAUAAUGGUAACAUGCAGGUAUAUAGCAAUGGACCUCAGCAAUAUCCUCAACCAGCUCAACCACGGUAUCAGCCAAAUAGUGCUCCAAUCACUACAUAUGGAUCCCCUAUUCAGCCCCAGCCCGCUGCUCCACAACAACAGUGGCAGCAACAGCAGCCAAUGUAUCAGAAUCAGACUCAAUAUCAAACUCGAGGCCCCAUGGGCACUGGGCCACAAAACUCCAUCCCGUAUGCUUUCGGCCAGUUGCCAAGCACCGCCAAUCUUGCUGAUCCCAAGAGUCAACACCCAAUUCCUGGAAGUUUCAAUCGACACGCAUUCAACCCAAAGACUCAGUCAUUUGUACCGGGAAACGGCAAUAUGCCAGUACCUCAGUCUAUGUCACAUCACGGGUCCCCUCACCUCCCUUACAAUGCCUACGCUCCUCCUCCUCAACAACAAUUUGGAACCGGCAUGGGGUAUAACAUGGCAAGACAGGGUUCAAAUAACUCUUUGCCUUCGUAUCAUGCAUCGCCUCAUAUGGCUCAAAGACCUGUGAUGAUGCAUCAGGGUAUGCAACAAGGCAUGCCCCCAAAUCUUCCUCAGGGCAUGUCUCAAGGAAUGAUUCAGGGUAUGUCGCAAGGUAUGCCACAAGGUUUACCACAGGGAUUACCACAGGGAUUACCUCAAGGUAUGCAUGGUAUGACACAGAAUGGGCAGGUUGGAAAUACUCAUCUCCCACAUUAUGGCAAUCCAUCGACGCUCCCUCCCAAGCCACCCACUGGGGUUUAA